AUGGAAGUUAGACCGGAAUUUGAAUGUCCAAACUUGGGUUCCUUGUCCGAGGCGGAGGCAAAUAUGUUGGAAGUACCAUUUUCAAUUAAUGAAAUAAAGGCGAUUGUUUGGGAAUGUGACGGGGAUCAAGCUCCGGGGCCGGAUGGCUUUAAUUUCAAUUUCGUUAAGAAAUGCUGGUCAGGGAUUCAAGAUGAUAUUCUAAAGUUAUUUAAUAAAUUCUAUACGGAUGGCUCUCUAAAUAAGUGUUGUACUUCUUCCUUUAUAGCACUUAUCCCAAAGGUCAAAGAUCCUGCUAGCCCAUCAAACUUUAGACCUAUUAGCUUAAUUGGCAUUAUUAAUAAAGUAAUUUCAAAAGUGUUAGUGAACACAUUGAAAGGAGUGGUGGGGAAGUUAAUUUCAGAACAACAGUCGGCUUUCUUGGCAGACAGAAAUAUUAUGGACGGCCCUCUUAUUCUUAAUGAGAUCAUGAACUGGUUGAAGAAAUUUAAAAAGAAAGGCAUGUUCUUCAAAAUUGACAUUCACAAAGCCUAUGAUUCUGUUAACUGGAAGUUUCUUAACUCUAUUAUGGCUCAAAUGAAUUUUCUAACUCGGUGGAGGUCAUGGGUCAUGGCUACACUUCACUCAGCGAGGGAGUCGGUUCUUGUAAAUGGUCUCCAACCAAGGAAUUCGAUUGUACUCGAGGGCUCCGUCAGGGAGAUCCAUUAUCUCCGUUCCUUUUCGUUUUAG